AAAAUGCUGUUCUAUGCUAGCAAAGAAGUGAUUAUUUCUGGAGGUGCUGUCAACACACCCCAAUUAUUGUUACUUUCUGGAGUGGGACCUGAAGAAGAACUACGAAAAGUCAACGUUCCAGUCGUACAUAAUUUACCAGGAGUUGGAAAGAACCUACAAAAUCACGUGGCGUUCUUCAUCAAUUUCCACAUAAAUGAUUCGAACACUGCCACGCUGAAUUGGGCGACAGCUGUUGAAUAUUUAUUAUACAGAGAUGGAUUGAUGAGUGGAACAGGUAUUUCUGAAGUGACUGGCUUUGUCAAUACAAAAUAUCAAGAUCCACAUGAAGACCAUCCAGAUGUUCAGUUCUUCUUUGGAGGGUUUUUAGCAGAUUGUGCUAGAACUGGACAAAUAGGAGAAAAAGUUAAUAAUGAUUCCCGAUCCAUUCAGAUUAUACCGACUGUACUACAUCCAAAAAGUCGAGGGUCUCUUCGACUCAGGGAUUCCAACCCUCUUAGCCACCCUUUGAUUUAUGCCAAUUACUAUACGCAUCCAGAUGACGUGAAAGUUGUGGUAGAAGGAAUAAAAAUAGCUUUGAAGUUAUCGGAAACUACAGGUAUACGGUAUAGACCGAUUAAGAGUAAUGGACACCAGCAUCAUGCCAAAAGUAACAUCUGGCAAUACGAAUGCUCCGGCGAUGAUGAUAGCCGAGAAAGGCAGCGAUAUGGUUAAAUCGAGAUGGCUGACGUCACAAGCCGGCUAUUUCUACAACAGCAUGCCCAGUCAGAGGAUAGACAGGCAAUGGGGUUCAUGGUAGAUUUGAGGAUGGAGGAUGGAAAGAGGGUAGAAAUGUAUUGUCUCUCCCAAUCAGCACCAGACGUCUUGAAGAUGCACAUUUCACGGCUUUGUGUCUAAGAACGUAUUAAAUACGCCUCGAAAACGAUAGUUCGUGUACGUCUUCGAGAUGUACAAAUAUGUACAUUUUGAAGGCGUACAUUUUG